CUACAUAGAAAUGGCUACUCACAUGCACAGCUAGGCCAAUGGGCCAUCUCGCCCCAUACCCUGCCUCCCACAGUGACUCAUACUGGAUGCUGCAGAGACUAACACCCCCAGAAUGGCCCCAGUUGCACUGGAGGGGAAGUUUGUUCCUGCACCCAGCUGGUGAUCAGCUGAUACCCUGGAGCAUGAGGUGUCUUGUAAUGUUUCCUUAUUAGUGCUGCUGCAGAGGCUAAUCUUAUCCGUGGCUGUGCGUUGGGCCUGCUGGAAAUGGGGUAUUUGCCUCCAUAAUACCCUGCAGCAGUGAGUUCCACAGGCUGUGGUGAGCGAAGCAUUUCCUGUCAGUUGCUUGAUAUUUGCUGCCUUUCAAUUCCAUGGAGUGACUCUAGUUCUUGGAUAAUGGGGUGGGGUGAAUAGGAGCUCUCUCAGACCCAUUGCCUGGGCUCUGGAGGGGCAAUGGCAAACCCAUACGCCAGUGCUUGGCGACACUAGAAAUAGGGAGUGGAACACGAACCCACUCUGAGUCCAGAGAUCUUGCCAGGCAAGGACCCCGCAUGACUGCGGGUGGGGAGGCCAGUUCCCCCUUUCAAGCUGUGCUAAGGGUGGGGAAGCUGUGCGUUCUCUGAUCGCUGGGGGGUGGGGAUCCAGGCUGUAUUGAAAGCGAGGACAAAAGUCCCAUUGACUUCAAUGGGGUGAGGAUGUCCCGCUGGGUCACCGAGUCCUAGAGGAGCUGCCAUAUAUCGGGAGUAUCAACUCCCCCCUUCCCUGUUCAAGCAGCCCCUGCGGUUCUCUGUUAUGGCUGUAGCAGAGUCGCUUGCUAGGAAUACUGCGGCUCCUGCAGGGCCUUAAACUCCCAUCAGACUCUCCUAAGGGGAGCCCAGCAUCUCCCGACCUAGCCCUCCAGCUCCCAAGAACCACCAGGCGCCGUCCUCUUUGCCCAAAGGAUCAGGGUUACAACUCCCCGCUCUACCAAGGUCAGGAGCUUAAAAUAGACCGUGGCUAAAUGGGAGCUCAGGGGGCAGCGAGGAGCAGACAUGGUCUCUGUAGUGAAACCCACACAGCAGAGCAAGGUGCUGCUAACUUGGCCUGCUGCCCCGUUCAGGCAGGGGGACCCCCUCCGUUCGUGCACCACACGGGGGGAGACGUAUACUUAAUCCUGCCUCAGUGCAGCAGGAUGGACUAGAGAACCUCUUGAGAUCCCUUCUAGCCCGACACUUUGAUGAGUCUGUGAUUCUACGUGGGUGGUGUGGGGGGAGGAAUGAGAUGGGGACUAUUUUUUUCUCUCUAAAGAAACGCCCAGUGAGGGCCUUCCUGGAGGCUGACUUGCAAACAGAGCAAAAGUGACUGAUUUGAGCUUCUUGUUGGCUUCAGGAGGGUACAAGUUAAAAGGCUUAGAUGGCACAGAAAUAUGAUUGGUUGAUCAAAUCAUAGAUCCCUGUUCUGCCCAUGCUCCAAGCACUGGUUUUGUACCAUGACUUAGGGUAGAAUACAGCCCUAAAAUACAUAUAAGGAAACAUGCAACAUUUUCAUUAGCUUGAGAAACUCACCACUGCAAGGCAUUAAGUCACAGCAAAAUUAAACAUAAAGGAGCAGACGCUUAUGAAUAAACGUGGCACCAGCUAACUAAUCUAACAGUCACAAGGGCUCUUGCUUCAGGGCCUAAGCAGAGGGGUAGCUGAGCUCAGAAAGCUCAGCAUACAAUGCAAUGCAACCUUAAUUUGUAUAUUUUGAAUAGCGUCUUUCGUACAAGACAGCCUCCCACAGUGCUUGGCAGAGUUUAAUGCAGGCCGGUGCAUUGUAUCAGGGACAGAGAGCCUUGGUGCAAAAUCUUGGCCUGGGGAAUACAUUAAGUGGCUCAAUCAUAAAGCCAGCAACGGAGGGCAGAAUUAAGAGGCAUGAGCAGGGAGCAAAGAGAUUUCAGAUGGCGAGUUGCUGCAGGAGACAGCACCAGAUGGCAGGAGCUGCGGAGAAGGCGGCUCUCGCACCAGCAAUGGCGAAGCGUGUGAGGGGGUUGGAGAGAAGCUAAUCCAAGAAUAGUGAGGAGAACGGGGAGGAGAGCACAGAGGGCCAGGAUGUGGUCACUUGGAACAGCUCUAUAGUGUUAGAGACAUGGAGAGCUGGUCCUGAAAUGAAUGGGAGAUGUUUGCAGUGAAGUUGGGGUGAUGUGGUGGCAUGAUACAGUUCCUAUGACCAUAAAGCGGAAGAGAAACCCCCUUUUUCCAGCUGCAUUCUCUCUGGUUUUGUGCAUAUUUUCCAAAAGGGAGCAAAGCUGGGCCCCAGGGUAACCUUUGCAAAAAGCCAUCACACGAACCUCAGAACUGCACGUGGGAUCAGUUCUUCCCAGGGACGGGGCAAUUGGCAAACUGGGGGUAACGUGUGGGUAGCAGCCAGGGUCUGCCCUGAUGUGUGAGCCCUGCUGGGCUUCUGCUUCUUUUCCAGGUGAGAAGAUGUUCCCAAUUAUGCAUUCGGACCACACCCGAGAGAGAAAAAAGCAGGCGAUGGCCAUCGUGACGGAAAUGAUGGGAGAUGUCCCCCAGCUGGACCUGGGGAAGAAGGUCAGCAUCCCCCAGGAUCUGAUGGUGGAAGAGCUGUCUCUGCAGACAAACAGGGGCUCCCAGCUGUUCCAACAGAGGCAGAAGCGGGUGCAGAAGUUCAUCUUGGAGCAUCCUACUGGCUACAGAGCCAGCUCAAGCAGGAUGGCAGCAGGCGGCUCGCACGGCGCCACUGAGGGGGACCUGGUGGGAAGACCGGACGCGUGGCUGUCUGCCCAGGGCCAGGAGAACUAUCGCACUGAGCUUCACGUGGCAGCAGCAGGCCAGGGGACCCCUCCCAAAGUGCCCAAGAAGACAAACAAAGUCCUACAAAUGAGUAAAGCCCUCAAUCCCGAGUCCCUGGCCCCAGGCUACUCUGGACCGCUGAAGGACGUCCCACCGGAGAAGUUCAACUUCACUGCCAUCCCCAAGGGCUACUGUUCCCCUUGGCAGGAAUUCCUCUUCAGUGAGGACUACCGGAUGGAGAGCAAGAGCCAGCUGCCUGAACUGCCCAGGAAACCCAGCCACUUCGAGUUGAGGAGCUUCAACAGGACUCCGACCCCGUUUGGUGGAGUGCUACUCAAUGACAUGUUCACUGUGCCUGGGUUGGAGAUGGAGGCUCAGACAGACUCCCCGAACAGCUUGGAGCUCGCCUGGAAUAGACCCAGCUUUAACAGAGCACCCCAGGGCUGGGUACGGAUUUUACCAGAGACAGAAGAGCUGUAAUGUAAUCUUACUCCCCUCUCCUACCCCACAGAUGCUUUAUCUGCUAGGCUCAAUCAUGCUUUGUUUUAAAUCGCUGGUAGAGGUACUCCUCAGCACAGCAGAAAAGGGGAGAGGAUAUUCUUAUCCGUGCACCCUGUGACGGCUCAGUGGCACAGUAGGUCAUCCACUUCCACACACAGCCCCCAGCAAGCUCACAUCUAGAGCCAUUCCUGGGCUACCCCGUUACAAGGUUUUCCUAGAUGUCCGUUAUUGACCAGCCAAGUUCUCAUUGAUAAAACAAGGGGAUUCCAGUAAACUUCCACAUCCAUCAUUAUACUACGGAACAGUCCGAUUGGAGCAGACACAUUGUCCUCGAUCCAGUGUUGUGGCAAAUGGCAGAAGAGCCAGUUGUCAUCACAUCAAGUCGCCUUGCAAUUGUUCUGCUGAAACAUUUGACACCAGCAGUGACAGGUGGUGGCUGCUCAGAGAAAUCCCAGCUUAAGGGCAGUGCUGUAAAAAUGUAAUUUUGGUUGAGAUGGCGGGGGAUGGGGGAUGAUAAGGCAGUGGGGUAAUUGGGGAAUGUGAGUGAAAUAAGUUACUAAUGGCUUUCUGACACAUAAGGAGAUAGCAUGUGAAAGGAAAUUACAUCCAACUCUGCUAAGAAACCAAACCCUGGGCGGGGUGUGCGGGGCUGGCUGUCAGGCAGAAACGCGUACUGCAUAUAAAGGAGGGGAGUGCUUGAGAUCACCAAUACCCCACUGGGAGAAUCAGGAACCUAUGCCAUUUUCCCUGCUAGCUACUGGUUGGUGUGUUACACUUCCUUUCCUACCUCUAACAAGUUGCUGUCUGAGGUUACACACCAUGGUUUUCAUAUUCACACCACUUGAUUACAAUGAUCUACGGAGGGCCUGAUGUGCUCAGAUUUUCUUUUUUUACUUCAAUAAUAGUCAGGAUCAGAUCCUGCCAAUUUAAGAUGCAGAACACAAUUGGUGGAGCCCCAAAAAACAAUGAUUCUGUAUUGAAGUACUUGCCAAGCUGAUCAUACAAAUCAAUGCUUGAUAGAAACAUUAAUGGGGUCCCACUAGGGAAGAGAGGACAUCCUACAUAACAAACACCUCGAUGGCAAGCAAGACCUUCAUGCAACACGUGCAGAAAGUGGUCAACAAGGGUGUUUUGACCACAGCCUUUUGAAUGCACACAAGCACAGUAUAUAAAACAAAGCUAUCCAUCAAAGGAAGAAUGCUACCCAAAAAAAAAGGGCAGAGCAGAACCCAUGUAUGUUCCGAACACUCCCACUCACCCUGGCUAAUAGAAAAACUCCAGGUCAACUAUGCAGUUUCUACAUUUGUUUAGUUGUUUUUGUCAAAUUCGGACGAUAAUCGUACUGUAACCUUGCAAAACUGGUCUUGUUUUCUUUUUGAAUGGGUGAGUAAUAAUAGAUAUAUUUCUGCAUCGUUGUGGUUAGGCCAGGCAAGUAAUUUUGUAUCCUGGCUGGUAAAAGUGCAAUUUUAAAAGGCUGCCUUAUUUGUAAAUAACGUAACAUACAACCACUGUGUUUGUAAUGCCAACAAGACCAUCCAGAGGAAAAGCAUGCACCUCAGUUAAUUACAACCUGGGGCACUCACCACUGCAAUGCAACACUCACAUGGGGAACAUGCAUUCCUCUGCCCGCCCCCAGAAGCACACCUGGGCAAACUGAACAAGAAAAAAAGCCAGUCUACGUGUUUAAAGGUUUAUGCCUAUGAAGUACUGUCCAGCUCUGAGCCCAUCUCCCUCCCCUUUGCCUGUGAGCUGGAGGCCAUGUUUACAUUCAGAAAUCUGGUUGCAGAAAAUAAAU